UUGGCCGUGCAAAAUGAAGAGCUACUUGGCUUUGUUGUUCAUUGGCUUUCUCUCGACGAGCUACGUCGAGGCCGUCAGCCGAAUAUCGGGCGGCUCCGACGCACCGAUCGACAAAUUUCCCUUCUCGGCCUUCCUCAAGGAUAACUUGGGCUUUUUGUGCGGCGCUACCAUCAUCCACAAGAACUACGUGCUCACCGCUGCCAGCUGUGUUUACCAAUUGGCGUCCCCUAGAAAUGUGGAAGUGGUCGUCGGCACUAUCAACUCCACCGGAGACGGUGGGGAUCACUAUCCCGCAAAACGCAUCAUUGUUCACGAGCAACACAAGCGCGUGGACGGCCUGUACUCCAAGAACGACAUUGCCCUGGUCGAGGUGAGCGGAGAUAUAAAGUUCAACGACAAAGUGCAGCCCAUCAAGUUGCCAUCGGAAUCCGCGGUUUUUAUUCCUGAAAACACGACGGUCAUUCUUUCGGGGUACGGGCAGACGGAGAAAUACUCGAACAAUCAGCCGGAUACCCUUCACUUCGUGAAAAACGAGAUAAAAGAUUACACGAUAUGCGCCCUCACUUGGCUGAGCGUGAGAUUCAUCGUUUUGAACAAGGGCCAAAUUUGCACCAAGGCACCGCGAGGUGUGGGCGCGUGCAUCGGUGACUCGGGAUCUCCACUGGUCAACGAAGACGGUGUUCAAGUUGGAAUAGUGUCCUUCGGGAUGCCCUGCGGCAAUGGUUAUCCGGACGUGUACACGAACGUGGCUUACUACGCCAAGUGGAUCAACAGCAAGAUUUCCACCCCUUCGGGGACUUUGUGAUGCAUUGAUACUUGAUCGGGUGUUUUUUUUAUUUUUUAUUAAUGGAUAAAUAAAUUUUUCAUUGAAA